AUGCUGAAACUCCUUUGGAUUGGUGAUUGGUUGUCCUUCGCUGCUAAACCUGGGGGCAAAUUUCUGAUGGGCCAUGCCUGGCAGUCUGAGUUAGAAUCUCCCAUCAAAUCAGAGAACAGUGGUUUCCAGUCUCUUCCUGACUGGGAUUCAAGCUUGGAUCUGGAUGUGAGGAGCUGGAGAAACACUGAAGAGCUGGCCAUGGGGAAGCGAGAGGGGAGCAGCCAAGAGACAGACCAUGAGAUGGAGCUGAGUGAGCCUCUCUGGAAGGAUGAUAGUGAAGAUUACCACAAGGCAGAGAAGCCAUGUGGAAGCAACAGUCUUUUCCAGUUCCUCUUGGAGGUAACCCAGAUGUUGGAAUCUUUCUGCAUUAGCAGCAAAGAGUCAUUGCAGACUCCGUGGGAUUAUUGUGGCUCGGGGAAGCAGAGUGACGGAGGAGAAGUGAGGUGCCAGGAAAAGACCACAGGAACAGCAGUCUCAGGAGCAGAGGAAAGUCAACUACACAUCCUGGCAAAAGAUGAGAAAGAGCACUCCCUGGGAAGAGAGGGCAAGAUUCAAGAGAUACCUGGAGAACCACCUUUAGAUGAGCUGCAUCCACCAGAGAUGAGUGCCCAGGCCCUGGAUGAAGAGAACAGUGACAACAGCUCUGCAGCCCCAGUGCUGGACUCCACAGGCUCUCCCAACACACACCUGCUGCAGCCAAGCUGGAAUAACCCCCUCCAACACCUGAUCCUCAAAAAAAGGCUCCUGUCCAUCUGGAGGAUGAUAGCCAGCCACAGGUUCAGCAGCCCGUUCCUGAAGCCAGUGUCAGAGAAACAAGCCCCUGGAUACAAGGAUGUGGUAAAGAGACCCAUGGAUUUAUCCAGCAUAAAGAGGAGGCUGACAAAGGGACACAUCCAGUCCGUGAUGCAGUUCCAGUGUGACCUGAUGCUCAUGUUCCAGAACGCCGUGAUGUACAACAGCUCUGACCACCGCGUGUUCCACGUGGCUGUGGAGAUGCAGCGAGAGGUCUUGGAGCAGCUGCAGGUCUUGGCUGAAGCGCUCCUGUUGUCCAGGGACAGGCUGGAGUGAGGCAGAAGGUAACCAGCCCUGCCUGAGGCCUCUCUCAGUUGGAGCAGUGUUGUC